AUGCAGACAUUCAAAUGUUUUUUUUACUCACAUAAUACAAGGGUUUAUACAGCCUCCUUUGCUUUCUUUGAGGCCCUAUGGGAGGGCGGCGUCAGCCAUGUCUUUGUCAAUUUGGGAUCAGACCACCCAUCCAUCCUCGAGGCGAUGGUGAAAGGGCAGAAAGAAAAGAAAGACCAAUUCCCUACAAUAAUCACCUGUCCCAAUGAGGUACGGUAA